GAACAUGAAACAAAGCCCAGUUGAGCCCACCUAAGAUGGGCAAUGGACCAUUGCAAACACCAUAGAUGUGCAAAAGGAAGAGAAGGGAAGCAUCCUCAACAUUCAGUUGAUAUUACAAAAAAUCAGACACAAGCAAUGGCUCUACUCCCAUCUCUCCGUACUGUUGCCACUCGUUUUUACAGGCCAACAAAACCGCCUCCAAAACUAAUCCUUUCCUCUCUUUUGUUCCCUAAAAAACUUUCUUCUCUCCCCCCUAGAACCCAACCACUUAAACCCCUUUCCUCCACUCGCCAAGAGACUACUUUUGUUUCCAACAACGAUGAGCGCUUGGUGGGUUUGGGUUCAGUGAACCAGGACGAUUCAAUUCAGGCCCAGAGCUCGACCAGCACCAUUGCAGCCAUUGUCACUUCUUUAGGCGGCCCUCCUGCUGCCGUCGGCAUUGUUCGUUUGUCUGGUCCCACCGCUGUCGAUAUCGCUGGCCGUGUCUUUUUCCCGGCCAAAAAGAUGAAGAAUAAGAAGAGAAUCGAUUCAGGUUCGGAUUCUUGGAGGCCCGCAAGUCAUGUUGUUGAGUAUGGCGUUGUUUUGGAUUCUCAGGGAAAAGUAGUUGAUGAGGUUUUAGCUGUGCCGAUGCUGGCUCCAAAAUCAUAUACUCGUGAAGAUGUGGUUGAGCUUCAGUGCCAUGGGAGUGAAGUGUGUCUGCGUCGAGUGUUGAUGCUUUGUUUAGAAGCUGGAGCUAGGCUUGCUGAACCAGGCGAAUUUACCCUCCGUGCAUUCUUAAAUGGUCGCUUAGAUCUUUCACAAGCUGAAAAUGUUGGAAAACUAAUUUCAGCUAAGUCUGUUGCUGCCGCUGAUGCAGCUUUGGCAGGAAUUCAGGGGGGCUUUUCUACUUUAGUCAGUUCUUUGCGAGGACGGUGCAUUGAGUUGAUUACUGAGAUAGAGGCUCGUUUAGAUUUUGACGAUGAGAUGCCACCACUCGAUAUCAACCUAAUUAUGAAUAGAAUCCAUGCCAUGUCUCAGGAUUUAGAGCAUGCAUUGGAGACCGCCAAUUAUGACAAACUUCUGCAAUCAGGGUUGCAGAUAGCAAUUGUAGGACGUCCGAAUGUUGGGAAGUCAAGCCUCCUUAAUAUCUGGAGCAAAAGUGACAGGGCAAUAGUUACAGAGAUUGCAGGAACCACUAGGGAUGUGGUGGAAGCCAGUGUUAGUGUUGCUGGUGUCCCUGUAACGCUUCUUGAUACUGCAGGCAUCAGGGAAACUGAUGAUAUUGUAGAGAAGAUCGGUGUGGAAAGAUCUGAAGCCGUUGCUAUGGGUGCUGAUGUCAUCAUAAUGACAGUGAGUGCAAUUGAUGGAUGGACUAUGGAAGAUACUAAACUUCUUGAGAGGAUUCAAUCCAAUAAGGGAUCAACAUCCAUUCCAAUGAUUCUAGUAAUCAAUAAAAUAGACUGUGCUUCAUCUGCAUGCUCUGAUUGGGUCGAUAGAGAGACCAAGUCUUUCGGUAAGCAUGUCUUUACAUGUGCCAUCACAGGUCAAGGGAUUCACGAUUUGGAGAAAUCAAUCUUAGAGAUCGUUGGCCUAAACAAGAUCCCCACUGGGGGACGGAGAUGGACUGUUAACCAGAGACAAUGUGAACAGCUGAUGCGAGCCAAGGAGGCUCUUGUAAGAUUGAUAUCGACGAUAAAGGAGGAGCUGCCUCUGGACUUUUGGACAAUUGAUUUAAAAGAGGCUGCAUUGGCUCUUGGCCAGAUAGGUGGAGAAGACAUUUCCGAGGAGAUUUUAUCCAACAUCUUUGACAAGUUCUGUAUUGGUAAAUAGUUCUUUUUGAAAAUACACAAAUUUUUGUUAUUGUUCUAUCU